CUUAGUCAUAGGUCAAAUGUAAGGAAGAGUGAGGGUGCAUCAGUAAGUGGAAGGAACUGGGACGCUUCGGAAACACAGGAGAACAGAAAAACAAGUUUACGAGCUAUACUUCCAUAUAUUCGAAAAUGACUCUGGUUACAGGGACGACACCUGGAGAAUGCUUGGCCCCAGAAAUGGACAGCGUGGAGCUCCUCGAUCUUCUCUUUGACCAACAGGAUGGGAUCCUUCGCCAUGAAAACUUCCAGGCAAAUGGCCGGGAGAGUGCGGGGUGCUGGGAGAUGGCACAGCUCAGUACCCACAGUGGAAGAAGUAACAAGGAGAUCCUGUCCUCACUUUUGCCUGAGACCGUCCCUGACUCCCCACUCUGGUCCUCGGCUGGCAGUGACAGUGGGAUAUCUGAGGACCACCUGUCUGACCAGCUGGACAGUCCGCAGCAGCCAUCCAGAAGCCCCCACAACCUCGAGGCUUUCCAGUCGGAGCUGCCCUUUCACCCUGGCCCAGAGAUCUGCUGCUCAGACCCUUGCCCAGGAGCUCCUGAUGUGGCAUACCCAGAUGUGGAUUUCUCUGUCAGCUUUGGUGACUGGAACACUGAACUCCUUGAGGAUAUGCCAGCACCGACUGCUCCCAACAAUUUCAUCGCACUCACUGUCAAGGACCUACUUCUCUCCAAAGUGUCAGAAAAGUACCAACCACAGCCGCAGCAUGCCCGGGAGCUGGUGCUCAACGAGGAUGAGAAGAAGUUGCUGUUGAAAGAAGGCGUCACACUUCCAUCGCAGCUGCCGUUGACUAAGCAAGAAGAACGGAUUUUGAAGAAGAUUAGGAGGAAGAUCCGGAAUAAACAGUCUGCCCAAGAGAGCCGCAAGAAGAAAAAGGAGUACAUUGAUGGCCUAGAAAACAGGAUGGCUGCCUGCACAACCCAAAACCAUGAGCUGCAGAGGAAGGUCAUGCACCUGGAGAAGCAGAACAUGACACUGCUGCAACAGCUGAGAAAACUCCAAGCGCUGGUCAUGCAAUCGACAGGCAAGAUGGCACAGCCGAGCACCUGUGUUAUGGUGCUGGUGUUGUCCUUCAGUCUGAUCAUUUUCCCCAGCUUUACCUCAUUCAGCUCCAGUCAAGGUGCAAAUGAAGGCGACUACACUCCCGUACGAGUAUUCUCGAGGUCUCUGCACAAUGUGGAGUCAGCCCGUGUACAUCAGAUGUUGGCAAAUCCCUGCACUUCAGCGGAGAAGAAGCAGGACUGGGGUGAACAGCUGACCUUGGAGAGCAUUGGCAGUGCCAGCAUGCAGGACCAAGCUGAGAGUGGUGAAGAGCUCACUAGGAUCAUUCACAGCUUUGCCACUGACCGAGCAGACCCUUCGCUGAGGAAUGGCACAGCUUCCGAGGAUGUCAUACUCCUGGAAGAGCUUGACCCUGACCACCACACGACAGGACACAGCCAUUCCGUCUGGACUGAAAUGAGCUCUUCUGGACUGACUCCUGACCAUGGCGAUGAAAUGUAGUGGUUUCUGAAUUUCAGAAUGGUCUCUGUCUUAUUAAUUGACAUUUAAAUUUGGCUGAAUGGGUUUUGAACAUACCAGUGAGAUUCAUAUUUUUCUGUCAGAGUAUAUUCUACCAGAUUUCCCUCCACAUUAGAAACAGCCUCACGUUUCCAAAUUGACCAUUUUGCAGUCCAAAUAUAUAUAUUGAUCUUCCAUAUUUUGGUUUUAUAUGACUACAAUUUGUAUAUUUAAAUUUUUUAAGAAGUAACUGCUAAUCUUUAUUAUAUUGCUGUGGCAAACUUUGCUUCGUAUCUUGUCUGACCCCUUCUUUGGUGGCUGUUGGAUGAAGGAGGACUGUCCCCUACAUCGUUGCUGCCUGCAGCACAAACGGUUCAGUCAUUAUAUUGUCUGAACUUCUCAAAGCUAGAGCUCAGUGGAGCUGAAAGCACCUUGUCUGCAGGGACCAUUGUGUGAUUUUGGUCACCUUGUUUCCACUCUUUCUUGACAUAGGGACGGGAUCAGCUGCGUUAGGACAGCAAGGUUCUUCCUGAGGGGUUGCAUUUGCGAUUGAUCCCUCUCACUCUCCUUUCUGACAUAUAAGACUGAGCUCUCGCACAGCUCAGUCACUUUGAUUCCUCCCCAGCACUGAUACCUGUUUCCCCCCUUCUCUGGUGGCUGUUGGAUGAAGGAGGGCUGUCCCCUACACCGUCACUGCCUGCGGCACAAGUGGCUCAGUCACUACGUAAGCAGGUGGGCUGCCUUUGAUAUGGAAAAUGGCAAGUAAAUUGUGGAGGUUGCUUAUAACGAUCUCUUUCUCCUGAAUGACUUUUCUUGUCCAUGGUACAAGGACAAUUAACCCUGGACUUCACUCCUGCUCACGACCCAGUUGCCUCACCAUUUAUCACUCCCCCUCACCAUACUCCCCUUUCAUAAUCUUUAUUCUCUCCCCCACUUCCACGACUCAUCCAUCCCCUUAUCCCCAUUCAUUAUCAACCUCCAUCUACCCUGACAUCGCACCCCAUCCAUGUCCAUUCUCCUGUGCGCCCUCAGCCCAUUCUCCAUUUUCCAAUGCAGCCCUCCUCCCCAUCCAUCCCAACCUUCUUAUCUAUCCUGACUUCACCUCCACCUCCACUUUCCUAUACUCUUAACUCACCUCCCUCCACCGAAUUCCUUGGCCACCAUCCAGCCACACCUCACCGUUUCCCCCUCUCUCCUGUACCCUGCCACUGUUUACCGCUUCUGGCCUAUUCCUAUUCUUGCACUUGGCUUUAAUUGUGACUUAAAUGGGUGAUGUUGAACAUUUUACAAAGCUUUUCAUACUGUAAUCAGAUUGAAUACAAAUCAUUAAAAUCCCACAGUUCUU